UGUAGAGGACUUCCUUAAUUAUUUGUCUGUUAGUAAUCUGUUCAAUCAUUGGUAAAAAUGAAAGCACAUGAAAAAUAUAAAAGUUAUAAAGAUUUUUGUGAAGCUUUAGAGAAAUAUAAAAAGGAUAAAAAAGUGAAUUUUACAUUAAAGAAUACAAAGAAGUUAAAAAAUUGUUACAUGAAUGGAAAAAAAAGAGAUAUGGUCGCCGAAGGAUACAAUGAAGAAUUAGUUUAUUAUGAAGGAACACUUCAAUGUUCCAGAGCUAAAACAAUGAAGUGUAAUGCACAAAUCACGUUUAAAGCAACCGACAAAAAUCAUUUAGAAAUCCGGAAUAUUAAUGACAAACACAGUGAGUUAUGUAUCGAAGCUAAUGCAGUUGAAAAAGUUGAACCUCUAAAGGAGAAAAUCGAUGAUGAAAUAGAUCAGAUUGUUAAUAAAAUAAAACAUAAUUUACGUACGUGUGUUCCUGAAGAUAGAAAAACAAAAAUAAACGACUGCAGAGCAUUAUUGGAUCAAUGGGAAAAAAAUGAUUCUGCACGAAGAAAAAUCGAUGAUAAAAAUUUACCCGCUAAAUCAUUCGAUGAACAAACGCCAUCUACUUCAUCGAAACUAUCUGAUUGUAUCCAAUCGUCGCCACAUAGAUCAAAAGAUUUGUGGGAAGGGUCAUUUGAUGAACAAACGCCAUCUACUUCAGCGAAACUAUCUGAUUGUAUCCAAUCCUCGCCACAUGGAUCAAAAGAUUUGUGGGAAGGUUCAUUUGAUGAAGAAAUACUAUCUAGUGCAGCGAAACUAUCUGAUUCUCUCCAAUCGUCGAUGCAUGGAUCAAAAGAUUUAUGGGAGAGUUCAUUUGAUGAACAAGUUGCGUUAAGUAUCGAAACAUCAGCAAACGAUCCAAAUCACCUCGAAGAACAGAGCUCGAAACAAAGAAUAUCAACAGCUCAGGGGUCAAUGGUAAAAGCAUUUGAUUCAUUAACCGAUGAUGAAAAAAUUCGAAAAAUGCUAAGUUGGUUGUCAGUUCCAGAAGUACACAUAGAAAACGUUCUUCAAAGGAAAUGUUUAUUGCGUAGCCCUCAAUUUACACAUUUAAGUGAUUCAUUCAGAGACGAAGACGUAAUCAAAUGUUUCAAUUCACUUGUUGUUACAUACGUUGAGGAAAACACAUUUAACUUAUUAACAAAAAUGAUGAGUGCUAUGAAGAAAAAGAAGUCUUGGUCGUGCAAUACUUGCAAAAAAACUAUAAAAAAAAAGAGCAUUCAAUGUGAUGCAUGCAAACUGUGGUAUGAUUUUGCAUGUGUAGGCAUUACAGAAGCUACGAAAGACGAUUGGUUUUGCAAAACAUGCUUGAAUUAAUGUUACCAGAGUUCAAACAUCUCCGCUGUAACAACUGUUAUUAAAAAAAUUAUAAAUUGUAUGCACUACAUUAUU